UUGUAAUCAUGCAGUAGUCCAUAUCAUCAAUUUUUAUUUCUUCCAAGGACAAAGUCGUAAAUAUAUAGUUGCUCCCAGUAACAAAUGAGUUUGAUAAUAACGGUGGAAUUUAUGAGGCUCGCUCGGUAUCGAAGGUGUGAGUUUAUGACGUAUCGAAAUGGGGAUGUUGGAUGGUGUGGUCUGGUGUGCGUUUUUCUGUACAUAGGUAUGUUUUUGAUUACUUUUUAGUACGACGUAUACCUUAUGAUUUGUCGCUGAAUAGUUGAUGAAGCUACCACUGUAAGAUGAAAGUGUCUGUCACUUUGGCGAGGUAAAAAAUCAAACAUUGCAUUUACACCUCAGCCUUCUGACGAACUUCAAACAUUGGAACAACACCUGUAAGCCGAUUUUCGUGGUUAUAUACACGACAGACACCCGGUUUAGUGGGAACCCGUGCAGUUGCGCCAACUUGAAGAGAGCCUUCAGGUAACUGUCAACUGGUGCCCUUUUCGAACAGCCUUUGUGGAAGUCGUCAUAUUUAUUCCAUUCUUUUCGAAGAGUUCAGACGGAUCAUAGAGCUUGUACACAGAACUCUCAUUUUAUAAUUGAUAGCGCUUCACAGAGUUUCCCCCCUGAUGUUUCGUUAAAGUUGCAUCUUCCUGGAUUGCGUUAACGCUUCGAAAUGAGAGUAAGGCGUUGACAUUUCGCUCGAUAAUAAUAGCGUGAGAGAUUCGUCAUGCCAUCAGCGGGCGAAACCCUUGUUCACCAACCGCACACGUCUCACGUUAAUCCCGGUCUCCGCUACCUGUAUGAACGAGCGAAGUCCGGAGCGCUUCCAACCAUAAAUACCAAUGCAGCCCUCAGCAGGGCCGCUCAAGAAAAGGCGGCGAAGUACCCGCACGUGAAGAGGGUAGGACCGUACUUACUCGGCAAGACCAUCGGAGAGGGUAGCUUUGCUAAGGUGAAGGAAGCACUCCAUAGCGUGGUUGGAGAAAAGGUGGCUAUCAAAAUCAUCGAUAAGAAAGUUGUGCGUGAGGAUCCAUACCUGCGAAAGAAUAUGCGACGGGAGGCUUGUCUGCUUCAGUCAUUACAUCAUCAUCCAAACAUCAUAACUCUCUAUGAAGUCAUGGAGACGGACAACAACUUCUACAUGAUACUAGAGCUUUGUAGUGGAGGGGCACUUCUUGAUCGAAUAUGUAGCGAGAAAUGUCUCAUGGAGAGAGAAGCUAGACGGUAUGUGAGGCAGAUCGUGUCAGCAGUGGAUCAUUUGCACCAAGCGGGCAUUAUCCACAGAGAUUUGAAAGUGGAAAACCUACUCCUUGAUGGAAACAACAAUAUCAAAAUCAUCGAUUUUGGACUGAGCAACCUUGUCGGAAUUGGUCACAUGAGGGCGGAGUUCCGAGCCACGCAGUGUGGCAGUCCGGCCUACGCAGCACCAGAGAUAAUUGCGAAUAAAAGAUACGGAGCAAAAGUGGAUGUCUGGAGCAUUGGAGUGAACACGUUCGCCAUGCUGGCUGGCUGUCUACCUUUCACUGUGGAGCCAUUCAAUAUUAAACUUCUCCUGAAAAAGAUAAACAACCGGGAGAUGGCAGAGAUACCGACACAUCUGUCAAAUGACUGCAAAGAUUUCAUCAAGAAGCUCCUUCAUCCGGACCCACGAAUGCGGUACUCGGUCACUGAAACACUUAACCACCGCUGGCUUGCAGUAGAAAAAGACGCCCCUCACCGCCCCCGCACGGCAAGCCCGCCCCCCAAUGGCAGAGUAAGUCGCAUGGAACUAGAAACCGACAUCCUAGAGUACAUAUGGAGCAACAUGGGUUACAACAUAAAUCACGUGACCAACUCUGUCAUCAGUAAAAGAGCUGAUGAAUAUUCAGCUAUUUACUACUUACUUCUCCGCAAACGCAAUCGGCAGCACCUGAAGAUGUUGAGGAAAAUUCAAGUCGACGAUGAGGAAGGAAAAAAAGAUGCAAAAGAUACUUGGAUAAGUGGCCCUAAAUUAUAUGAGGAGGCGGCUGCCGUGGAGCUUGCCGGUCGAAAAAACGGAAGUCUACAUUUCCAAAUGGCGCUCUUGUUGGAACAGGCAAAAGAAGAGGAUGCCCCCACACGUCAGCGUAGCAACAAUGAGAAGACGGAAGAGACACAAAUCCAUCCAAAUGAUUUGAAGUCUUCGGAUGAACCAAUGAAGAGUAAGAAAUACGUGACGUCAUUAUCUGAGAAUUACAAAGAGGGCACAUUUUCGUCGUCAAAGGAUAGCAACAAGCAAAUGCGUGUUUUCCGAAAACAAGUUACAGGUACGACAAAUCACAAAAAACACCAGAGAUUGAGCUUUCAAUCUGACACAGAUAAAUUGAUCAAAACGAGCGCCAAUUUUGCCCAGCAGAUUCAAGAAGAAUGCAAAGAAACAUCCAAUAAAGUACAUGGGAAAAAAUCAGACAUGCGUCUUAAUACCAGAGGCUUAGCCACGGGUCACAGACUCUCAACUGCUCACACAGUCAACUUGACAUUCAAGCAGUCAGAUAUACCGUCAAAAAACUUCGCUGGUCACUUCAACUACCGCCGAGGAAACCGCCAGACGUUGGUUUUAGCACCAACCCGUAUCGUAAAUGAGGUAUCUAACGGCAAAGUCGUAGACAUUUCCACCUGGAAGCAAGCUGACUCUAUUGAUAAAGUGUAUCUCAAAAAUCACAUGAACGGCUUGAGGAUCUCUACAAAACUGGGUGAAAAAAGCAAAGACCACGAAAUAUGUGAAAUCCAGCCAUCUACACAAAUUUAUAAGGACACCAUUCUCAAGCAUGAAAAUAACAGCGAUACUCAGUAUCCACUACCUAAGGAUUUAAAGAUUCUCGAUGAGAGACGACAACUGAAGAUUUCCAAACGAAAGAGCAUCUAUAACCCACCCAUGGGUAUAAGACGGUCCAGCAGGACUCGGAAGCGAGCCGGGAGUGAUGCCAAGCUGGUGGCUAGGCUUCCAGGGAGGCCUCCGACUCCAGUGGCAUCAGAAUUCAAAGCAGAGACAAAACGAAAGGUCACAGAAGCUGUAACAAAUGACAAAGAAAGACAUUCCUGGGAUAAAACCAGAGGUUCUAAACGUAAGAAAUCCGUCUUUAGGAAAACGUACACUUUGAAAGAAGGUGAUGGAGGUCAUGAAAAGAGUGAAGUGGAUCCCGCGGCCAAUGAAGAUUUGCAACUUGUUUCUCCCAAGCAAGCAGUGCUACAGGCCGCCACACCUCUGACGAAGAAGUUAUCACAGAAAACACAGCCGCCUAAGGGGCGUUUGACAAACAAGAGAGUUGUUUGCAACGAGGUUACAGCCGAGACGCUUGUUUAAUGUGAUGCCCCUUUGAUCUCGCUUAUAAAACCGUCUCAGUGUUGUCACUUAAGGGAGCUACUCAAUAAGAAUUUCUCCAGUAGAUAGUAGCUCCUCGAAUGUUAAUUGCAUUGGAUUUAUUUCAAGUGCCUUUGCCGUGCCGAUUGCAGUGUUUUAAAAUGGACCAAUUACCAAUUGAAAUGCAGUGCGCGUGCGAGUUCUCCCAGGUUCGACGCGUGGUUUACUAUCUGGUGAUCAAAUUAGCGUUUGACUGUUGUGAUAAGGCCUGUGUCCUGGCCUAUUAAAACUCAAGUACACUAUGCCAUAGGGGUUUCAUCCACAUUGUUAUUCAAACGUGGCUUGGUUGAGAUAUUUUGCUAACUGUUGGCCAGGCAUCAGUUUUCAUCCUGACGAGUUUUGUAGUCUGGCUCACGUCUGCGCCGGGACUCGCUACCGUUUCAUUGCCGCGUUUCCUGUUCAAUAUUCCAGCUCUCAUGAUGCAUGGCAAGUGCUAAAUUCCCGCCGACCCGCGGGUAAUCAAACCCCGUUCGUGUUCCUCCCGUUUACCAGCUUUCCCCUUGGUCGGCAUAGUGUUUGUUUUUCGUGUGUGUUUAGUUACCGUACAAUAAUACACCCAUGGCACUCAUAAUUCAGUCCAUUUCGUGCUUCAAGACAAAAUGUACUUCGUAGAAGUUCUUCUUUGCUUGAGUUACAGAUUCAACAAUGGUUCCCGCGUGGACCGACUGUAAAGGGCUACAAAAACACGUGGGUUAUUUCAAGCUUUGUAUCCAACCGUGGACAGCAAACGAAGAUGCUUCAAAUAAUCAUCAAAUCAUUGAUGUUGGAAAUGUUGCUUGAAAUCCUUUUUAUUACUUGCUGUAAUUGAAUACAGCCUAUUAGUUAAAGUCUUUCAAGAAUGUAAUAUUAAAACAGCAAGACUAAAUCCCCUGGAUACUCCCUUUCUAGCAAAACAUCUGGCAUAAAGAUUUUAAGUCAUAUGUUUUGUAGCCAAGCAUCAUCAUUGUGUUGUGUUAGAGAUAUUCUCUGGAUAAUGGCUGAGACGCGCACUGCAGUCGUGUACAUGUGUUCUGGGCGUCAUAUAUUGGUGUACAUGUAAUUUUCUUCCACAGUAUUUUAAAGUUGCUAGGUCAGGAAAAUGUAUGAAACUGAAAGAACUCUGAUUAAAUUGGGAGUCCCAGCUAAUUUUGAAACCAGAAAGUGCCUCUUACAUCUGUAUUUGCUAAACCCAAACAAAGUAUACAAAACAGGCUUUGGGAUUUUCAGCAUUUUUAUAAACUUCGCUUAUAGCGCAACCUGUGGUGGGAAUUUGGAGGAUCCAACGGAUGAGAAGCAUUGGAGCAGUGAGAGAAGGGCAAUGUAUCUUCUUUGGGAACUCUUCCAUCGGUCGUCUUUCCCAAAGCAUGAAAAAGCCCUAGAAUGUAGCCUCAACCCUCACAAGGCCAUAAAAUGUUGUAGAAAGAUAUUAAAUUGUCAGUCCCUUCCCCCGAAAAAGUGGGUCGCCUAAAAAAGUGAGUUGUGUGAACUAGGACAGUUCCUUCCGUUAUCCUGUUCAUCGUUGAUAGGGCAGAGUGUAGCCCAUGGCGGACAGUUCCACUUGGAAUCCAUGAUGCAGUUCAUACAAGAAAAUAAAGUGUGGCAAUUUGUAUUUCGGCGGCUUUGAUCAAUGAAUAGAACACAUUACUUAUUUGACUUAUUAAGAUCCUGACAUAGUGUCUCUGGAAUACCGACAUUUAGAUGGAAUGAUGUCGUCAUCCCGUGAUAAAUCAACUGGGGAUGUCGACAUCCUAGCUUAUUUUAUUAAAGGGUGACAGCAUUGAAAGUAGGCUAUCGACAUCCCAAGAUGGUUUAUCAUAGAAUGACGUCAUCCUGAGUGUAGGAAGUCGACUUAACGACAUAGUUUACCAUAGGAUGAUGACAUCCGGAAAGAAGGAAGUCGACAUCCCCAGCCAAUUUAUUAUAGAAUGACGUCAUCCUGAGAGUAGGAAGUCGACUUAAAGAGGUAAUUUACCAUAGGAUGAUGACAUCCGGAAAGAUGGAAGUCGACAUCCCCAGCCAAUUUGUCAUAGAAUGACGUCAUCCUGAAUUCAGAUGAGAACAUCCUGAGGUAACUUAUUACAGGAAGACAACACUGUAACAUAAUUGAUCACGGAAUAAUGACGUUCUGCAAGUGGGAUGUUGACACCCCUAUAUAGUAUUUUACAAGGGUAUUACAAUACCUGAAAGUAAGUGACAAAUUAUCUCAGGAAGCUGUUAUCUUGUUUAAUUCAAGCUGUCGUCAUCCUGUAUCUCUUAAUGUCGACUUCCGAUUUUUAGGAUGUCGUCAUCUGUGAUAAAUCAUCCAAACACGUCUCCAUCCCGCCAUAAUUUAACUCAGGAUGUCGACAUCUUGCCUGUAAUAUGUCAUCAUCUUGAGAUAAAACACGUCAGGAUCUUAAAAGGUCGGAUGUCACUUCAAGGGUUCCGUCCAUAUCUGAUAAAAGAGAGGUCUACAUUUUAAGUUUAAAAAGGAAUAAAGAGAGAAACUUUGUAAAGUAAUGAGAUUUGA